AUUUACUGAAACCAGUAAGUAAGCUGACCCACUUGACCUCGCUGCAUCUAGGAAAUUCAUCUUUUUCUCAACAUAAUUUCAACUUUCAGAACGGGAUAGUUCCUCUUCUAAAGAAUUUAUCCUCUCUGCUCAACCUUACCCUGGAGAAGAUAAACCGUGUAGAUGUACUGCAAUUAGGGGACCUCUGCCCUAAACUAAAAUACCUAAAAUUAACCUGUAUUGGCUCCUUUCUUCCAGUUUUUAACCCUGGUCGAGAAUAUUUUGUUAACUUGGAGGAACUGAUAAUUCUGAAUACAAGGGGAGCACAUCUUUAUACAAAGACCAUAAUGCAACUUCUUUCAACAGCAUUCAAAAUACAACAUUUAAGGUUCCAGUUUGUUGAUACUUUGAAUGACCAGGUUUGGUUUGAUAUACUUGAAAUAAACCCGUUAACUAAUAUCAAGAGUUUGGUGUUUGAUCAGUGCCACAGUAUCUCGAUAUUCAGCUUGGAUACUUUAAUAUCCAGGAAUAACGAGCUGGAUGAGCUGAGUGUCUGGUCCUGCAGAUUCAUCAUGGAUGAGGACAAGGAUACAGUCCUAAACCUUCUCAGGAUGGAGAACUUCUCUACAAGGUUCAGCUGGUAUCCGUAUACAGGAGAGGAGGCUCCAAUACCUCUAGAAGAUAUAGAGGAUAUAGAUGAUACAGAGGAGGAGGAGGAGCAGGAAGAUGAGGAUGAAGUUCCAGAUUUCAUGAACUAUUGGAACAAUGUUCCAAGCUUUGGAAACAGACAGAUGAAUGAAUUUAACCUGGAUUAGAUGAAAUAAAAUAAAAAAUGGUUUAAAUUUUG